AUGUCCACCAGCAGCAGCAACGCGCACGAACCCGCCCCCAACAUGCCCACGUGGGUGAAGCAUCUCUUCAACGACAACCUCCCCGCCACAGGCGACCAGAUGCAGCAACUGAUGGAUUUGGCGGAGCAGCGGAUGGAGCGGGGUCUAGGGGUCUGGGUGCGAGGCGAGUAUUCCGUAACCCAGGCGUGCAAGUGCUUCAGAACCGAGGUGUUAUGUAAUCGCGCCAUCUACGAAUACGCCCGGCGCCACUUUCCUGGCCAGACUGUGCCAGGGCCGAACGCGAUUGCGGUCGCAGUCGCCGGCGGCGACAUCAAGAAGGUCCUCGACGAUAUCCACAACCAGGAGUGGAUCGCGGCGCGCACGCAAUGGCGCUCCAAGCACUUCAUUGCCGAUGCGUCGCUCGGCGAUAAUCAGUGGUGGACAAGGGGGUCAAGAGGUGCCGGCGCGCCUGCGCGCGCACUCGCAGAGGGGAGCGGGUUCGACUACCGCCACCUCCCAAUGGUUGCAGCGCCCUCAGAGCCUUUGAGCUCUGCCUCGUCGUCUGGAAAUGCCGGCCGGGCAGUCAUGGCGUGCGUCCUCGUCCCUACCUUGGCGGCGCUCGUGAAAUCCAGGAAGCGGCGCCGACGUGAAGACAGCGACGAAGAGGAAGACGACGGCGCCGGCGCCGGCGCAGACGCGAACGACGGGCCGCCAGCCUCGAAGGGCAAGAAACGGGCACGCACGAAGCAAGAUCAGCGCAAGCGACCAGCCGACCCAGGCGCCGACGCUCUCCAACCCGGCGAGGACACAAUCACCGAGCCUCGCAAGCGCAACAAGUCACUCGCCGAGAUCGGCCCCGAGGAACUGCUGAGGGAUCCGGUCGUCCCGUGCACCCCGUGCACAAAGGCUGGCAUCCGAUGCCGGCGAGUCGGGCGGUUGUCGUGCACACCUUGCGCGCGGGCGAAGGGCCAUUGCAACAUCCGCAAGCUGAACGAGGAGGCUGGACACGCCGUCGACGUGGAUCCUAGCGUUGAAGCCGCCGUCGCAUGGCGCAUGCCUCGGAGUGGCAUGGAUUGGAGCUUGGAACCCGGUGAUAUCGACAUCUACAUGGCGACCCUCUGGAAAAUAGUCCCUGCCGGCUCCACCUGUGAGUCCACCCUGUAUACCAUGCCGGAUUUCGUGUAUCCGCUAAGCGAGACCAUGUCAGUUGGUUCGAUGAUGAACCGGGUUCGCGCCGAAACCUCCCUCGCCGACAUCGCAACGGCGUUUGAGAAGAUCACCAUCCUCCCUGAGUGGGAGAAGAAAUGGGGAGGGGAGAGGAGGACACCGCGCCGGCCUCGACAGUGGUGCUGA